AUGCCUCCAAAGAGGGCCGCUGCCGCCCCUCCCACGCCGCUUGGUGAGGUCGACGCGAAUCGCGUCACGGCUCCAGCCGCUGGCACUGCGAAGCUGACCACCGUGACAACCCUCAAGCCGGCCCCUAAGUCCCGCAAGCGCAAGUCCGACGCGGUCGAAGGAGACUCUGCCGCGGCAUCCGCCCCGGCACCCAAGAAAGCCGCGACAAAGAAGAAGGAGGACCCCAUGCCGGACCUCUCCGGCAUCCACCUCCCCGGAGACGAGUCCAUGAGCGUGCCCGUCUACGACACCUGCAGCACCGUCCGGACCAAGAUCAACGCGCUCCUGAAGAAGGACGGCGUCACCAAGGCGGGUUUCCUGCGCGCCUGCGUCAAGGCCGCCUACGGCGCCGAGUCCACGCACAAGACCGCGCCCAGCCUGCUCGCCAACUUCCUCGCGAAAAAGGGCCCCACGGGCGGCAACACGAGCAGUGUGUUCUACGCCGCCUACGUCUUCUUCGAGAAGCUGCGCAUCCGCGACGGGAAGGCGAAGACCAAGACCCGCGAGGAGAUGGAGGCGACGUGGGGCGCCGAGGGCUUCGAUAGGGAGCAUGACGCGAGCCGCGGUGUGUGGUGCCACGCGAGUGAGGCCGCGACGGUCGACAAGCACGGUAAGCUGCACAUCGUUCCGCGGGGUGGCGGUCGACCCCGCGGCGGCUGGUUCUGA